ACCGAGACAGUUGGCUGAGGCCCAUCUCAGACAACAAACCUAACCAAACGAAACUGCAAUAAUUAAGAAAAAAAAAAAAUAUGCAGAACAACGACAACAACAAAGAAGAAGCUGAACGUCUGAUAGGAAUCGCAGAGAAGCUUCUACAGAACCGCGACCUCAACGGCGCCAAAGACUUCGCCAUCCUCGCCCAAGAAACCGAGCCCCUUCUAGAAACUUCGGACCAGAUCCUUGCCAUCGCCGACGUCCUCCUCGUCUCCGACGCCACCACCACCGAUAACACCCCGCAAUGGUACCAAAUACUCCAAGUCGACGUGUUACACUCUCAAGACCUCCACGUCAUCAGGUCCAACUACCGCAGGCUCGCCCUCCUCCUCCACCCUGACAAGAACCGCUUCCCCUUCGCCCAGCAUGCAUUCGCCCUCGUUUCCGACGCCUGGUCCGUCUUAUCCGACCCGGCCCAAAAACUCGCCUACGAUGCGAGUCUGAACCGGGCCCAAGGGAAUGUCUCCGGUUCGGUUCAGCAGGAGAAGCUUCCGGUUCGGAGGGGGAGCGAUCCUUAUUCGGGGAACUUCUGGACGGCGUGUCCGUACUGUUACUUGAUGUAUGAAUACCCUAGGGUUUACGAGGGGUGUUGCUUGAGGUGCCAAAACGACAAUUGCGAGAGGUCGUUUCACGGUGCUGCGGUUACUGCUAUGCCGCCGUUGGUGCCUGGUGAGGAGAAGUAUUAUUGCAAUUGGGGCUUCUUUCCGAUGGGUUUUGUCUUUGAGAGCUUGAAAUCCAAUGGAAAUGCUGCGCCGCAAACGGUGGCUUCCGAUUGCAUGCAGCAGCCGGUGCCAGUUGCGGUGGCGCCUGCGGCGGUUGAUGUUUCGGGUAGUGUGGGUUCGCGGAAGCGAGGGAGGCCCCGGAGGGUGGUUUGAGAUGGUUAAAGUUGCGGGAACAUGGAAAUCUGAAUGCAAUGUGGAACAUUUUGUUCGUUUGUUUUGUAGUAAUUGUUCUUUCAUUGGUUGAUAAAUUAAAAUGUAGCACUAUUCUGUUCAAAUCUGCUCCUACAGAAGCUGUUUAAACGUGGGUGUUUAGUGUUUACCAUUUAGGAGUUUGUCAUUCAGAAUGAGUUUGAAAAGGGCCUUUCAAAAUUUCUCUGUUUAGGUGGGUUUGGAAGCAUUCUUAAUGCUUGCGUUUAUAUAACUUUUGACUUAUUAAUGUCAGUGUCUAGUUGAAUAAGGCAACACUAUUUGUAGUAACUACCAAAAGAAUUCCCUUAUAAGAUAUACAUUCAACAAACCAUAGACAAUGGCUGUGCUUAAAUCCCCAGAAAGCUAAGAAAGCUGCUCAAGUUGCUACAGUCAUUGAAGCAGCGAAUCACAAAUCUUCAACUCUAUUACCUUCUGAAACCAAAGAUCAAACUGUAGGUGAUAAGAUAUUCAAUAUGACUAUCUAAAUUUCUGGUUUAAACAUUUUCAACUGGAGAACAAUUUUGUUGA